UUUCCUGGGAAGGUAGGUUUUUGAAGAGAUUGGCGGGAAGGUACUCUCUUCUCUCAGACUUGCCAAGAGCCCCCGUUCGCCCCAUCAAGAACAUUCAGCUUUACUAAAGAGGUUCACGAUGGAACUGGUUGCGUCCUUCUGGCCAACCAAAACUAAGGGUCAAAGGGCAGUCACCACCUUCAGGCUAAAGGCUCUUCCAGAAGAUAGGCACCAUGAGAAAAGAGUCCAGCCUUAUGGAGAGAAGCCAGGCAGAAGCCCUGAAGGCUAGACUCCUCCACCAGGAUGUUUGCUUGGCAGCUCAGCGUCUUGACCUUCUCCUUUGAAAAGGAAAUGCUCACAAAGAGGUUUUCAAGCCUCAUGUCCUGGCCCUCAGGGAUGCAGUUCAGCAAGUCUGCAUUAGACUCAUGUUCCUUCACCCAGUGGAUUAUGGGAGGAAAGCAGAAGAGCUGUUAUGGAGGAAAAUGUACUCUGACGUUGCUGUGCUGCUGAUGAGGACCAAAAGAAAACACGUGGACACCUUCAAACAGUGGGAAGGCCCCUUGCAGGCUCAGCUGAAGGGCAGCCUCAGGUUCUAUGACCAUGUCUUCCUGUUCCUGCAGGAGCACACUAUGAGCUGAGGUUACUAAGCUACACUGAUUGGCCUUACAGUGUUAUCCACUUGAUUGACUGCAAGAAAGCAGGUCCUGCCUCAGAAGAAGAGGUGGCCUGGGUGCGAACCGCCUCCCACCGCUGUCAGCUGUACCUGGGAGACUUGUUCCACUUUCAGAAUGAGUUCCCAGCCCUGGCCACCAAGGACUUGGUGGAGAGGUGUUACACCGAGCCAUGUCAGUGGCCCUGCACAUGGGCAUGCCCUUCAACCAGCUGGGGGCUCUCACAGGGAGUAAGUACUAUGACAUUGAAGCCACGUACUUCUACCAGCGCUGCCUCCGCUCAGGAGUGCCUUUUAAAGGGGCAUCUUGGAACCUCAAAGGAUUCUAUGACCAUGCGGGAAAAAGGUACAGCCAGCUGAAAAGGUACCAGAGAAAGAAGCUAUCUCCCAGCCAGAGGCAGUGUUGGGAUAACAAAAGGCUGCUGGUUAGCUUCCUCUACCUUCACAGCCUCUUGCAGCCUCAGUGGAAAUUCAAAGCAACCAGGCUUAUGGCCCUGUGCCAGCUGGUUCUGGAAGACUUCCGUCUCUGCCUUUCCUAUAGGCCGUGCCCAUCCGACCUGAGCCAAGCCUCCAGAGAAAUCCCCCAAGGGGCUAUCUGUUCCUCCCAGACCUCCUCAUCUUCCACAUGGUGGUUCUUUGCCUCAUGAGUGUGCACAGCCUGAGGACAACAGGCUCGAAGCAACACAGGCCAGUGGUCACCUUCACCUUGACCCUUUUCUCCCAUUUAAUUCAACAUGUGACUACCCGCAUCCAGGCUGAGCUCCGGAAAGGGAAGCUGACUCCAGACGUGGAUGUCCCCAGGGACAAGGAAGAUCAACAGAAGAUAGAAGCUGGGCAGGAACAACAAGACCUUCCAGCCCCCUGCCCUGGGCCCCACCACAGCAAAUCUCAGAAGAACCACAGGCCAUCUUACGAUUCCAGGGAGGGUUACAACUCAGAAGCCAGUUUUCAUUCUUGCUGUGACUCAGAUGAGAUAGAUGAAGAUGAAGACAAAUCCUUACGCUCACAAGCCAGCUCAGAAAUCAGUAGUGAAACUACUUAUUCAGACACAACUGAUGAAGGGGAAAGUGGCUCCCUGAAUCCAGAAGCAAUGCAGGAGCAUGGGGCCAAAUCCAAAGGUCGAGUUGCCCAUCCGGUGGAUAAGUUGAAGACACGUCAACCUCCCAGUCGUCUAUUAGGUCACUUAAAAACAGGAAGUUCUGCUAACCUGCCAGCCACGUUGAGCCACAAGCUCCCAGUAAAACGUGGCUUGCGCUUGACUCCUGUCUUCAGCCACAGUUUUCUGAUGCCUUCAGCAAUGCAUCUGGCACAGAGGAUGGUGUGAGCAGCUUUCCUGAGACAGAGCCUCCCGCUGGCUCCUACUUGGGGCAGAAGGCCUCUAUCAGCCAGUCUUGCAACAAUCUCCAGACCGUUCAAAAGAAAUUGCAGAUCCUCUCUGCAGAGGGCCCGCUGCCCACCCUCAAGGUGAUCCUAGGCUGGCUCCGCACCAACCACAGCCUCCUCACCUCACAGUGGCAGAGUCCACUUAGCCUGUGGGGUCCCCUGUCUGUGCUGCUGAACCUGCUGCCCUCCGUGGGAGACCUUCAGGAGCCAGGCCUGGGCCUGUCCCACCAUCUCCGUGAUCUACUGCAGAGCUGUAAGGGCCCAAACCUUCCCAGGUUCCUGCAGCUCCCCGAGGACAUUGCCCUGGGCCAGCACUCGCCCCGGUAGGCUUCCCAGGAGACGGCUGGCUUGGAGCAAAACCCAUCUCUACUCAGCUCCCAGGAUGAAGCUGCUCUGUGCAUCUGUUUCCUCAGAAGCUUUGGCCACUUUGCAGCGACACUCCCUGGACAGUUCCGAGGUUCAACUCUAAUUUGGGGGUCUUUGUGAGCUCUGGAUUUGAAGGACCAGACAACCCAUCUCAGCAGCUUCUAGAGAGAACUUCAAGGAUCAGGUUUUCCAAAGGCAUAGUUCAGCUCUGGCUUCAGAGUGAAGUGGUGCAGCCGGAGAAGAUCCUCAGGCACCUCCAGAUUCAGUCAGCUUUGACCCCGUACCUGUUCCCUGACCCUCGGGCCCUCUGUGAGCAUCUUCCAUCAUCGAGCAGCUUGCCACCAGUGGUAAGUUUCUCCUCAUCACACCCAAGAUCGUGGUCGAUAUAUUGUACGUCCUGAGGAGGGAAAACUGCUGGGCUUUGGCAGCCAUCACCUUCCUAGAGGAUGAGCUGAAGAGAGGCAACCAGUACAUUUUCUGCCAGUCCUUUGUGUCUACGAGGUUAGUGAGGCCCAGGAUGACCAGGCCAGACUCUGAUGCCUGGGAACUCUAUGACAUUCUUGAGUUCUGCAAAGGUCUGCUGGACUCCUCCCAGCCAGGGACCCCUGACCCCAGCAGCAUGAUAACAAUCAUCACGGGCAUCUGGACAACCCUAGGAAUUUCUCGUACCCACUGUAGCUGGUGCUGGGAACAGCAAUUGAAGCUGGUGUGGAAAUCAAGAACAUCCGGUGCUUCCACAGGGAGUGGAAGACGGUCAGCUGACAUCACAUCUCCCUUCUUCCUCCUUCAGCACUUAACACAUCAAACUCAAUCUGUUCACCUCUCUUGUUCACACCUAAUGUUAAAGGUAGCC